CCACUUGCGGAUAAAUUUGGAACUACUUUGCGUCAUGAAGGCUAUCUGUGUGCCGUGGAGUCGUGUUUGUGUACAAAAUCAUUAUAUUUCAGCUUCUAUCGGAAUAUACAGUGAUUGUGAAUUGUUUGCAUGAGGAUGCAGAGAUUACAAGAUACACAACGUUUACUCAAGCUUGUGAUAUAAAUAACCUCAUAUUAUUCUCCAAGAAACUUCAAGCAAAAUAAUCAUAAUGAAACAAAGUUCUAUAAAAUUAGCAUCAAGAGGCAAUGGCUACCAAUCAGAUGACGAUACCGUGCGAUACAAACUGAAUAGAGAGUUCUUUAAUAACACCAACAAGGCCACAGUGAAGCCAAUCAAGAAACAAGAAAAUGUAGAACCUGAUGAUGAUAUUCGAUAUAUGUUUCCAAAAGUUCUAGUAAAAAACUUGGCAAAUGAUAAGAAGCCCAAACAGAAAAUAAAAGUCAAUUUUUGGAGCACCAAACCAUCUAUUAGCCGCAUGCGCAAAUUGGAAGCCAAAAAAGAGUCCUCAAAUCGCAGACACACCGUGGCAGUGCCAUCACAUGAAAGGUUAAAUGAUAAACCGAAGAACUCUGCUGUGAAGGUACGCAAACGAGUGUCAUUUCUACCUUCCCCAUUGUUCUCUGAUAACCAUGUUCCGAUGGUGACAGUACCUGAUGACUUGACUAUCCAUCUUAACGAAGAAGAGGCAAAUGAUCUUGGUGAGGACUUAAAUCAAGUGAUUACUGAGCAAGACAUCAUUACUAAAAGCAAAUCACGUGAUUCGUCCCAUAGGAAGUCCCGCUCAUUACCUACACAGACCAGUCCCAAAGGCACAAAACGCAAGCACAGUGACGACUCCCAUGGAAAUGAGAAUGAUCUAGAAUUUUUCUCCAAGUAUGUGGUCCAGAAGUUACGGAAAAUGGAAACCAAUCAAAGGAUUUACUCAGAAAACUUAAUCAAUACUGUUCUUAUGUUGGGACAACUCUCCAAGUUGAAUGGUAAAUAUAAAAUAUUAGAACAGUAACAACAUCAUAAUAUUAAUUUUAAGAGUUACCCUUGUUUGUUUAAGUUAACAUGGUUAAUGAUUUUAAAGAAAUUAAUUAUUAAUGUUUGGGAAAAGUGUAUUAACUUUAAAAUGAGGAGUGUUUAACAAUAAAUAUUGUUACUAUUUUGACUGAACUUGUGCAAUAAUAACAAACUACUAGCUCAACUUUAUAAUUUCCAUAAUAUAGAAACAUAGAUCCCAAUUUAAAUGUUAUAAAAGUAUGGAAAGUGAUGCACAAGUCAAAUAUUCUAAAUUUAAAAUAGUUUUUCACAGUUUUAAUAGAUAUAGAUAAUAUACACAUAGAACUUUAUCUAGCAAAACAAGAGAUUGACAAAA